UGUUUGAGCGCAUCGAUCGAAGGCAGUCGGGCCAGAUCUGGUACUCUGUGACUUAAGAUCCUGAGACCACUCUGAAAAGUGUUUUUACCCAACUUAUUAUCUACAGAGAAGUUGUCUGUCUUUUGUAACAUCUUAACAUCACAGAUCUUCUUUAAAUGGAUGAGAUGGCCACCACCCAGAUUUCCAAAGAUGAGCUUGAUGAACUCAAAGAGGCCUUUGCAAAAGUUGAUCUCAACAGCAAUGGAUUCAUUUGUGACUAUGAACUUCAUGAGCUUUUCAAGGAAGCUAAUAUGCCGUUACCAGGAUAUAAAGUGAGAGAAAUUAUUCAGAAACUCAUGCUGGAUAGUGACAGAAAUAAAGAUGGAAAGAUAAGUUUUGAUGACUUUGUUUAUAUUUUCCAAGAGGUAAAAAGCAGUGAUAUUGCUAAAACCUUCCACAAAGCAAUCAAUAGGAAAGGAGGGAUUUGUGCUCUGGGAGGAACUUCAGAGCUCUCCAGUGAAGGAACACAGCAUUCUUACUCAGAGGAAGAAAAAUAUGCUUUUGUUAACUGGAUAAACAAAGCUUUGGAAAAUGAUCCUGAUUGCCGACAUGUUAUACCAAUGAACCCAAAUACCGAUGACCUGUUCAAAGCUGCUGGUGAUGGGGUUGUGCUUUGUAAAAUGAUCAACCUUUCAGUUCCUGAUACAAUUGAUGAAAGAGCAAUCAACAAGAAGAAACUUACACCCUUCAUCAUUCGAAACUUGAACUUGGCACUGAACUCCGCUUCUGCCAUUGGGUGUCACGUUGUGAACAUUGGUGCAGAGGAUUUGCGGGCUGGGAAACCUCAUCUGGUUUUGGGGCUGCUUUGGCAGAUCAUUAAGAUUGGUUUGUUCGCUGACAUUGAAUUAAGCAGAAAUGAAGCCUUGGCUGCUUUACUUCGAGAUGGUGAGACUUUGGAGGAACUUAUGAAAUUGUCUCCAGAAGAGCUUCUGCUUAAAUGGCCAAACUUUCAUUUGGAAAACUCAGGCUGGCAAAAAGUCAACAACUUUAGUGCUGACAUCAAGGAUUCCAAAGCCUAUUUCCAUCUUCUCAAUCAAAUUGCACCAAAAGGACAAAAGGAAGGUGAACCAGGUGAACCACGGAUAGAUAUUAACAUGUCAGGUUUCAAUGAAACAGAUGAUUUGAAGAGAGCUGAGAGUAUGCUUCAACAAGCAGACAAAUUAGGUUGCAGGCAGUUUGUUACUCCUGCUGAUGUUGUCAGUGGAAACCCCAAAUUGAACUUAGCCUUUGUGGCUAACCUGUUUAAUAAGUAUCCAGCAUUAACCAAGCCAGAGAACCAGGAUAUUGACUGGACUCUAUUAGAAGGAGAAACUCGUGAAGAAAGAACCUUCCGUAACUGGAUGAACUCUCUUGGUGUUAAUCCCCACAUAAACCAUCUUUAUGCUGACCUGCAAGACGCCCUGGUAAUCUUACAGUUGUAUGAACGAAUUAAAGUCCCUGUUGACUGGAGUAAGGUUAAUAAACCUCCAUACCCAAAACUUGGAGCCAACAUGAAAAAGCUAGAAAACUGCAACUAUGCUGUUGAAUUAGGGAAGCAUCCUGCCAAAUUCUCCCUGGUUGGCAUUGGAGGGCAAGACCUGAAUGAUGGGAAUCAAACCCUGACUUUAGCUUUAGUCUGGCAGCUGAUGAGAAGAUACACCCUCAAUGUCCUGGAAGAUCUUGGAGAUGGUCAGAAAGCUAAUGACGACAUCAUUGUAAGCUGGGUGAACAGAACAUUGAGUGAAGCUGGCAAAUCAACUUCCAUUCAGAGUUUUAAGGAUAAGACGAUCAGCUCCAGUUUGGCAGUUGUGGAUUUAAUUGACGCCAUCCAGCCAGGCUGCAUAAAUUAUGACCUUGUUAAGAGUGGCAAUCUAACAGAAGAUGACAAGCCCAAUAAUGCCAAGUAUGCAGUGUCAAUGGCUAGAAGAAUUGGAGCAAGGGUGUACGCUCUCCCUGAAGACCUUGUGGAAGUAAAGCCCAAGAUGGUCAUGACUGUGUUUGCAUGCUUGAUGGGUAGGGGAAUGAAGAGAGUGUAAAAGAACCAAUUUGAAUAAAAACAGCCUUGCUCCCAGGUGCAUGAUUAGCAGGUCAGCUAUUUCCAGGUGAA